UAUCAGUGUAUGUUCUUCCAUCGUAGUUUUCUUGCGACACUGCCAAAUGCUUGCGCCUUCCGUCCCUUACUCCAACGUCCAUUUCUGCUCCAGUAAUUGAUCACUUUUUUUUACCUUCUUAGAUAUUCCCAUCAACCCCACAAAGUUCGAUUCCAUGUUCUUCUAUUUGUCCUGUACUCGCAGAGUGGAUUUUAUUUUCUGGGAAAAUUAACCCAGUUCCGUUGUUCUAGUAUUACCCAGAUCCUAAUUUCUGAAGUUUUCUUCCCCCAUUAUCUGAACUCUACAUACAUCCGAUCAACUUUUGUUCCACCUCAGAGUUCUACUUCAUGUUCUCCCUUUUGUCCUGUAUCUGCAGUAUGUAUGAAUACUGUUUUCCGGGAAAAUUAAGCUGAUUUUCCGUCGAAACAAGCGUCUUUCAGUUGUUUAGCUAUACCUAGAUCCUUUUUCCAAAAGUUUUCUUGCCUCAUUGUUUAAUCUCUAGAUAUACCUGCAGUACGAAUAUAUAUAUAUAUAUUUUUUUUCUGGGGAAAUUUAAACCAGUUUUCCAAGAAAGCCAGGUGGUUCCCAGAUCCCAAUUUUUAAUUUUUUUUGUCCUUCCAUCAGCUUGGGUUCCGCCCUCAGCAGAAUUCUAAUCCGUGUUCUUCUUUUUCUGUCUUGUAUUUUCUGAAUGGAUAUUAUUUUCCGGGAAAAUUAAGCCCAUUUUCCAUCCAAACCAACUCAUUCUAGCUUUUCUAACGACACCCAGAUCCUAAUUCCCUAUUUCUUCAAUCCCCAAUUUUUUAAGAUUACCUCAAUUUUUAAAGUCUCUGUGAGUUCACACUCACUACUCUAGUACAAAGAGAUCAAAAGAUUUUCAUCUUCUGAAGAUGACCCACAUGGUUAUGUUUCUUCUUGGACUAACUUUCGCUGCAUCAGUUUCAAUUCUUGUUUUUUAUAUCUUCUUUUACAGCAAAAGAAGAGCAACCCAUGAGGUUAAAGACGUAGAAAGUCCAGGAUUCAAACAUGAAGAUACGGUGCAGAAAGAGGACUUGGUGAUCUUCGGAGGAGGUGAGAACCUCACAAUAUGUGACAUUCUUGAAGCUCCAGGGGAAGUAAUUGGAAAAUCCAAUUAUAGUACACUUUAUAAGGCCUUGUUGCAGAGAUGCAAUGCAGUGAGGCUUCUGAGAUUUUUGAGGCCAGUAAGCACUACAAGGGAUGAAGAAUUGGUUGAUGUGAUUGGAAUGAUUGGAGGGAUAAGGCAUCCCAAUUUGGUUCCUCUUGUUGGGUUUUACACUGGGCCAAGGGGUGAGAAGCUUCUUGUUCACCCCUUUUAUGGUCAUGGGAAUCUCACUCAGUUCAUAAGAGAUGGAAAUGGCGAGUUUUACCACUGGGCUACGAUAUAUCGACUAUCCUUCGGUAUAGCCAAAGGAUUAGAGCAUCUUCACACUGGACUUCAGAAGCCUAUGAUCCAUGGUAACCUCAAGUCAAAAAACAUCCUUUUAGAUCGCAAUUACCGGCCAUACAUCUCAGAUUUCAGCCUUCACCUUCUCCUGAAUCCUACUGCUGGCCAAGAAAUGCUUGAAGCCUCAGCUGCUCAGGGUUACAAGGCACCUGAACUGAUCAAAAUGAAGGAUGUUAGUGAGGAGACCGAUAUAUACAGCCUCGGCGUGAUCAUGCUCGAGUUGCUUUCAAGGAAGGAGCCUAUCAAUGAGCAUCCAACCCCUGAUGAGGAUUUCUAUCUGCCAAAUUUCAUGCGAACUGCUGUGCUAGGACAUAGAAUUUCUGAUUUGUACCAUCCAGACAUUCUUCUCAGCAAGAGCAGAGAAAAUGGUGGCCCAGUUAGCGAAGAAUGCAUCCUCAAGUAUUUUCAACUUGCCAUGUCUUGUUGCUCUCCUUCUCCUUCAUUGAGACCAAACAUAAAGCAAGUCCUUUGGAAGCUUGAAGAGAUUAUCAAGUAAAAUCCAAUGUGUGACAUCAAAGAAAUUAAUUUGGACGACAAUCAGGGGUAGAUUUUCUGUGAAAGUAUCUUGAGUGCACUUUUGUGCCUGUACACUUGACAGCUAAAAUUGCAUCGAUACGCUGGCUCAAUGUGUAUGGCUGCAAUCUUAGCCGUUGGAUGUAUGAACACUGUAGUAAACCCAAGAUUUUCUCAUUCUCUCCUAACACAAAAUGUGGAAAAGGAUACCGCAGAAGGAUUUCAGGAUUGUUGAUGAUGCUGUUGAAGUUUGAGGAAAGUCAAAAGGAAGAUUCUUGUUUGAAACUGAAGAUGCAUAAUUCAGGCAUUGAGUUCGGAUCCCAAAUUACAGAUGUGGAUUGAUUGACUCCUUCUUUUAAGAUGAUGAGAUUAGAGAAUUGUGACAAUGACAGGAACACGGAGAAUUUCCAUAAAAGCUGUCAACUUUAAUACUGUUGUUCUUACUAUAUCUGCGAAGUUCUUAUGGGAUUUAACAAAAGAUUAUUUCGUCUUCAAGGAUGUGUUCCUCAAGCUCUCUUGCACGGGAAAACAAACAGCAGCCACAUCAGAUUUCUUGUUAUUACCUUAAUGACUGGAAAUGCAAAGGAAUCUGAAUGAUUUGAACCUUCUCUGUUUUGUCCUCUUCACAAGUUUAGAACUUUUUAUUGACUUUAAAGUCCCUCAUUUCCCACCUAAGGCUAGACGGUUAGGUGAUGAGAAUUUGAGUAAAAGUUUGUUACUUUGACUUCUUUAUUGUAGUUAAAAAAUCAAAAUCUAAGUUUGUUACACA